CAAUGAGACAACUUAUCCCAUCGAUCCUUUUACUUCCAUAUCAUCCAGAUUACUUUCGAAGCAGGUUGAUGGUUCUGAUCUUUUACUACAGAUUCUGGAAUUUCAUAUAACCUCUAUCUAAUCUUCUGAUCAACACCCUUAUUCAAGAAGUGUAGGCCUCCGAAAGGAACCCUUAACGUUGAGAAUAUCUACUUCUUGAUACUCCCAAAAUACGUUCGAAAAAACAACAAAAUGACAGCAUCCAACCUAGCAACAUGUAGAGUCCGUCUACCACCCCUCAACGAAAAGAAAAACGAGGAUCCCAAUCUCAAUCUCAAUUCCCUAUCCGACCACGAGCUCCACACAAAAUGGGCAAACGCAAUUCAAAAACUAUUCUCCCCAGAUGCAAAUCCAGAUACCAAGUCAUCACCUCAUACCCAAAUCCGCUAUUUCGAUAUCCUCCUCCACAAAGACGGAUCCGCAGAAAACCUAAUCAAAAACCAACAAACCUCCCAGAAGUCUAAACCAGAAACACAGCCGUAUCGAUAUCCACCACGUUAUCAACUUCCAGAUGCCAUUUCAGCCCGACUAACUACAAACGAGGAGAAAAUUUCCCGCGCGGAGUGUUUCGCUCUGGGUAGUAUUUUGUAUGAGAUUUCUUCGGGCCAUCCACUUUUUCAUGAUGUAGAUGAGGCAGGUGAGAGUGGAAACAGUGGGUUCGGGAGCGGAAUCCAGGAUCGCAUUCUUAUUGGGAAAUUUCCUGAGGAUCUUUGGGAUUCAUCUCUUCUAUCUAGGAUUUUGGUAUGUUGGUGCCCGGAAUUUUUAAAGGAAAUGGUGAGUUUGAGUGAGAAAGAGAAAGGAAAUGAGAAAGGUAAUGAGAAAGAAAAUGAGGGAGGAAAUGAGAAUAGGAAUGAAGAGGACACAGGUUCGUAGUUUACGUCUAUCAAUCCCAUUGAGUUAUUCAUCAACCCCAUACUACCCUCCCUCUAUUCCCUCUCCCUCCCCCUCAAGAAUCCUCACAUUCUCUCCUCAAAACCAAACAUCUAACCACCCCCCCCAACCAGGCAUAACAAACUACAUCAAAACCCACCCCUACCGCUUCACAUUCCAAGUAGUAGGAGGCCUCCUAACCGCCGCUUCUAUCGCCGCGGUCCCAGUUCUCGGCGCAAUUGGUUUUUCCGCUGCAGGACCAGUUGCCGGCUCCGCAGCUGCGGCAUGGCAAUCGGGUGUAGGUCUUGUGGAGGCAGGAAGCAUUUUUGCCUGGUGUCAGAGUGUGGCUAUGGGUGGUGCGGCUGUGAGUGGAAUUAUUGGGGCGGGGGUGGGUGGUGCGGGGCUUUGGCUGGGGCGACGGGCUUAGGGGUUUUGGAUGGGGUGAGGGUUAAUGGGGUGGUAUUGAGGGAGAGGUUUUUGAGGGCUUGGGGGAGGGAGGUGAGGGGUGAGUAGGGUAUGGGAUGUGUGAUUUAUAAUUUAUGAUGUAGAACGGCUAUGGGUGAAAUAGGCGAACGGAAGGAGGGGAUGGGGUUAAUCCAUCAAAUCUUAGACUUAAGAUAUCGAUAAGGUUAAUGGUUAUUUUAAUGAGUUUAUAUUGAGAUGGUAAUCUACCUUAAUAAGAUUACAAAGUGUAUAGAGCAAAUAAAUAA